CACAUUUGAAAAGAAGGACAUCACGUGUGUUCGGAUGCGGGUAGACUUCUAGCUACUGUACAUUAACAUCAGUAAAUUCUGUUUUCUGUUGGAUGUAAAUUUUCAUAGAUGUUAGGUAUCAUCAAUUUUUAAGGAAAUAGUACUUUCGAACAAUUGCACUAACGUUAAAUAAUAAACUUGAGUUAUUGCUACCCCUACUAAGUAUUGUCUAGUGCCCAGAAUGGAAAUCAAUUCCAGAUAGAUCUGUGACGAUUUAUCCAUGACUGAUUUUGUAAGCCAACAAGCGAACAAGGUGAUCAUGUGCGUACGACAGCAGUCAAAUUGCUAGAUUUCUACCAAGCGCUGCAUUUCGAACAUGAGUUCCUUAUUCAGUCAAGGGGUUUUUAAAUUUAGUCAUGAAUAUCCCUUUGGAUGCAGUUAACAACAUGUACGAUUCACGGGCAUUCGUAAGGGACAAACGAAAACUAGGCAGUCAAGUUACGGAGGACUGUUCAGUCUAUCAAGAUUUAGUAGUUAUUUAGCAUGGUCAGCUUAUGCUAAUCUUUCUGACCAGGUCAGUUUUGUUCUAAAUGCCACUAAAUAAUUAUUCCACAACCUUGUAGUUCGCUAAUGAACUCUAUUUCUUAUUUUUAAAUCCGUUUCCUUUUCAGCCACUAAAUAAAUAUUUACUUGUGUUAUACCUCGAGAUCCAUUCGUAAAAGAUGGCUGAUCAAGGUUUAUCUUUAAUUCUCUGCUGCAAAUGUGGCGUUCAAAUUUAUUCUAAUACUGCAAACAUGUGCUUCACAUGCCUAUCCAGUGAAGCAGACAUUGCUGAACAUAUCGACCGUCAAAAUACUGUGACUUUUUGUCCGAAAUGUGAACGUUAUUUAAAUCCACCAUCUAAUUGGGUUUCUGCCGAACCAGAGUCACCAGAAUUGCUUUCAUUAUGCAUCAAGAAGAUCCGUGGACUGAAGAAAGGUUUGGAAGUUCGGAAUGCUAGGUUUAUCUGGACGGAGCCUCAUAGUAGAAGAAUAUCUAUAGAGAUAACCGUGCAGGGAACAUUACAAACAGGUGAUCGUGUUGAACAGCAAAUUCCAAUCAAUUUCACAGUUCACACUCAACAAUGUACCUCAUGUACUCGUAACGCUGCCAAAGAUUUUUGGAAUGCCUGCGUCCAAGUUCGUCAAAAAGUCGAUCAUAAAAAAACACUAUUGCAUUUAGAACAAGUCAUUCUUCGGUCUGGUGCACAUAAAACUUGUUCAAAUAUCAAGCAAGUUUUAGGAGGUAUUGACUUCUUUUUCAGCACUCGUUCACAAGCAGUCACGUUUGUGAAUUUUCUCUCCAAACGUUCUCCUUGCCGCUAUCAAACUGCACAACAUUUAAAGUCGCAUGAUGUAAACAAUAAUACUUACAAUUACAAAUACACAUUUUCUGUGGAAAUUGCACCAGUUUGUAAAAAUGACAUAGUUUGCUUAUCUCGAGCUCAGUCACAAAAGUUGGGUGGUAUCAGUCAGUUGUGUGUUGUCAGCAAAGUUACCGAUGCCAUUCACUUAAUCGAUCCUUUAACUUGUCAAGUUUGUUAUGUAGACAGUAAGGCUUAUUUCUCGUCUCCCUUCAUGUCAAUUACAACACAAAAACACUUUUCACCAUUUGUCGUACUUGAAAUUGAAGAACAAAGAGAUGAUUCUAGCCAAAUGAAUUCUUCCAAAAAAUCAUACACUACAUCAAGUACUUCAUACCCCGUCGGUGCAAAGUUGUCUCAAAAACACUCACCAGUUUCUGUAUGGGUAAUGAAAGAUCCAUCUAACGAGACAGGUUUAGUCCAGCUUGAUAAUGAAUCGGAUUGUGGUAUAAUUCAUACUAGAUCACAUCUUGGCCGUAUUUUACAUCCUGGAGAUAAAGUACUUGGGUUAGAUUUGCGAAAUUGCAAUAUAAACAAUACAGAAUUUGAAAAACUUCCAGAAGAUAAAAUUCCUGACAUCAUACUAGUUUUACGUCCCAGCCAGUCAAAGAAUACAGCUGGGGAUAAAAACAAUGGACCAAGUAAACGUAAACGCAUUCGAAAACAUUCAUUGAAUGUAACAGAUUCUGAAUGUGAUAAUUCUAUUCAGGCAGUGAAUACAAACUUCUCAUCAUCAGAGGAUGAGUAUGUGUCAUUCGGUGAGGAGGACGAGGAUGAAACACUUGAAUUUUUCAAUAUGGACACUAGUUGUAAUGAACCCAAUGAAGGAACAUCAUUAAAUUAGCCAUAGUUUCAUGAAACCUAACACAAUAAUGAAACUCUCAGAGGUGUAUUUAUAAUUCACUGUUGUAUUUAUUUUGCUUUUUAUUGAUAUUAUUUUCGGAUGAUUUCUCAUAAAUAAAUAAUGAUUUCAACAACAAUUUUGUUUAUAUCAGUCAUAUCAUUAUGUUAAAGUGAUAAAGUGAUUCAUCUCUUUUCUUGUCUGAAUAAAGUUAUGUUGUAGUUUGUUUUUAUUCAACGUUUGUUGGACAUU